CAUAUAGGGACGGUCCCUACCCAACAGCGGGCUCCCCAUCCCAUCCCAUGCCUCGUGGGCUGACCCUCUCCCCCCUCCGCCAUGAACAGGACCCCCCUGAAGCGCUCCGGCAUCCUGAGGAUGGCCCUGUCGGGGACCUCGGACUCCCCCGGGGAAGAGGAGGAUGACCCCGGCAAGGAGAAGCCCUUCAUCCUGCGGGCCUUGCAGAUCGCCCUGGUGGUGUCCCUGUACUGGUUCAUCUCCAUCACCAUGGUCUUCCUCAACAAGUACCUGCUGGACAGUCCUUCCCUCCGCCUGGACGCCCCGCUCUUCGUCACUUUCUACCAGUGCCUGGUGACGGUCCUGCUGUGCAAGGGGCUCGGCCUGCUGGCCCUCUGCUUCCCGGGCACCCUGGACUUCCCAUCCGUGCGCAUGGACCCGAAGGUGUCGCGCAGCGUCCUGCCCCUCUCCCUGGUCUUCAUCGGCAUGAUCAGCUUCAACAACCUCUGCCUCAAGUACGUGGGGGUCGCCUUCUACAACGUGGGCCGGUCGCUCACCACCGUCUUCAACGUCCUGCUGUCCUACCUGCUGCUCAAGCAGACCACCUCGUUCUACGCGCUGCUCACCUGCGGGGUCAUCAUCGGGGGCUUCUGGCUGGGUGUGGACCAGGAAGGGGCAGAGGGCACCCUGUCGUGGACGGGCACCCUGUUUGGAGUGCUGGCCAGCCUCUGCGUCUCGCUCAAUGCCAUCUUGACCAAAAAGGUGCUCCCGGCCGUGGAUGGCAGCAUCUGGCGCCUAACCUUCUACAACAACGUCAAUGCCUGCAUCCUCUUCCUGCCCCUCCUCCUGCUGCUGGGGGAACUGCACACACUCGCCGCCUUCGACAAGCUGACCAGUGCCCACUUCUGGGGCAUGAUGACCCUGGGGGGGCUCUUCGGCUUUGCCAUCGGCUACGUGACCGGCCUGCAGAUCAAGUUCACUAGCCCCCUGACCCACAACGUGUCCGGGACGGCCAAGGCCUGCGCUCAGACCGUGCUGGCCGUCCUGACCUACGAGGAGACCAAGAGCUUCCUCUGGUGGACGAGUAACCUGAUGGUGUUGGGGGGCUCUUCCGCCUACACCUGGGUCAAGGGGCUGGAGAUGAAGAAGUCACAGGAAGAGCCCGGCCCCAAAGCUGGGGAGAAGGGCGAGACUGGGGUCUGAGCCCACCCCCUACCCCCACAAUGGGUCGAGUCUGGUCCCGGGGCGGGGUACAGGAAGGGGGAAAUACUCAGGGGUAAGAGGAAAGGUGGGGGAAGGUAUUGUCUGUGGAUCCGGAGACCUUGGCUCGUAGGGAGUUUGAUUGAAGUCUGGGUUCUGGACCAGAGGGCUGCAGGGGUGGAGUCGAUGGAGUUGAUCUUGAGAUUUGGGGGGUGGAGGAGGGGAGUUACCUUUUUUUUAAAAAAAACAAACACUAUUGGAAAUCUGCCAGCCUCCUUUCAAGCCCUUCUCCCCACUGCCACCACCCUGGGAGAAGGGACCAGUGGGGGACAUUCCACUUGUGAAGCAAAUUGGGUCUAACCUAAGGGCUGGUUCCUAUGGUGCAACCUGGAGUAAAAGGGUAUUCUCCAGGCACCGGUCUGUUUUUGUCUGCAAAUCAGUCGGUCAGUCAGCUGUAUUUAUUGAGCAUUUACUGUGUGCAGAGCACUGUCCUUAGCACUUGAGAGAGUUUCCUUGCUGCUCUCUGGCACAGUGUGCUUGUGUGUGAAUCAAUUUCCCCCACCCCCAGUACACAGGAGUGACCAUGAUGAAAAUGCAGCAGGGUGCUGGGGGAGUUAGGAAAGGAGGCCAGUGGGUGAGCAAGAUGUCUCCAAGCAUGGGCUUCCUGAAUUGAGUGUGGAGUAUUUUCUGGGGGAAUUUUGGUGCUGUCAGGGUUAAGUGGCCAUAGGCACAGACACACACCCAGAGCCCCAGGGCUUCCUUGGCCAGCAGCAAUGCUUCCUGUAAGAAAGAAAUUACAAACUUUGCCAGUGGCAGGAAAUGAGGAAAAUGUCCACAAAAUGGAAGAGGAGGUGGGGGUGCACUGGAGAAUGCUGGUGAUUCAUGUGAUCAGAAAAUGCCAUAGUUUGGUAAUAUGGGACCCUGAGGAGGAAGGGGCAAUAAUCAGACCUCCCCACCCAUUCCACUCCCCCAGACCAAACCUGCAGCUCUGCAGGCCUCUGGUCCUGGUUCCCUGAAAGCCCCAACCUGGUGGGUAAUAUCCAUGGGCAAAGAUGACUCCCUUCCAAGACUGUCUUGGCUGGGGCUGGCAGACUCUGAGGUUCAGCACUCAUGAGUUGUGGCCCAACCUAUUCUGGGUGGAAUUUGGGGGGUUGGAGUCCAGACAAGUGAAGCCCUAGGCCAGUGCUGCUAUUUCCAGCAUCAGAUUUUUGAAAAGCUGGCUGAGGCUUCUGCUUGCUAUGGCUUUGGAUUAGACUAGACUGUAAGCUCGAUUUGUCAGGGAAUGUGUGCUUAUUGUUAUAUUGUACUCUCCCAAGUGCUUGGUACAGUGCUCUGCACACAGUAAGCGUUCAAUAAAUAUGAUUGAAUUAAUGAAUUGGGUGGCUCAGGCCUUACUAGCUUAUCACUAAAGCAUAAUUGAGCCUGGGGGGCUUUCCAGAGAAACUAGAAAUCCCCCAGCAGGAUGUUUCAGAUGGAUUUCUGAGUCGUGUUCUUGGGUCCAGGCUCCUGAAUCCCAUUACCUGAAAUGCUGCUCUUGCCUGUUUGAGCACCCGACUUCUGUUCCCCUGAGGAAGCGUUGAGGGGGGCCCCCUGAGCCCACGAGCUGGGCUCAUCCUGGUCCUUCAGCCAAUUCCUUCUGACCCCUCACCCCCUUGAAACACUAAGGCAUUUUGUACUGUGUCUUUAAGGGAGGAACCUGGGCACUCAGACUCUUAACCCUCUCCAUACACCUUGUCAGUGGCACCAAGGUGGGGUCUCGCACCCAAUCCCCACCUUCCCAAUCUCAAUUUGGAUGAUUUUUAUAUUGGAACUGGUGGUGUAGCAGCCCAACCCGGCUUACUUGUUGAACUUGUUUAAUAAAAGAGCAGUGAAUGCCAAGGGGAGGAGAGAGAGGUGGAUGAGACUCACUAUACCCAUUUGACUAAGAAUUGCACAUUAUGGACCAUUUCCUUUUCCUUGUGAUUUAUUAAAAUGCAAUAAUAAUGA